AUUAAAAAUAUAUCUACACAGUGUAUUUAGUAGAAUAAUUAGGCAAUUAUAUGAAUUGAUAACUGCUCAUCAAUGAAAUUGAGCAAUGAGCACUUUGGAGCUAUUUGGAGACUGUUUGAAAUAAAUUUCAUUCAGUGCUCUAGAGUCAUCGGGAAUUGUCGAUAUGCGCAAUUUGUGGGUCAUUUUAACCAUAUUUACAAUUUGUAUGCAGCAUCAAUUCCCAUACAAUAAUGCAUCGACAAUCAGAUUGACAAAUUUUAUUUGUCAGUCCCACAAUGAAUCGUGGAUCUCUGUCCACGUAUGUCGACUAAAGGCAAUUAAUCGUAAUAAGAUUGUGCUCAACUUUAAUGCCACAAUGCACAAUACUUGUUACGAAUUAUCGACUACGCUUCAGCUUUAUAAAAAAGCAAAUGGAUAUAAGCCUUGGCUUUACAACAGCUCUGUGGACAUUUGUAAAUUUACUAGAAAGCCCUAUAAUCCAUUUGCUAUAAUGAUAUAUAAGGUGAUGCGACAAUAUUCCAACAUGAACCAUACCUGUCCUUAUGGGGGCCCGUUAAUUAUUACUGGCCUGCAUGUGAAAUAUUCAGACCUUUUACCGUUUCCAUCUGGCGAUUAUUUAGCUAAGCUAGACUGGUAUUGCUUCAAGAGGAAACAACUAUCGACAGAUUUGUAUUUUAAAUCUGACGAAGGUCUUCUUAAGUCAUAACAGAUAAAUCCAAAGUUUACUUCGCAGGAAACAAUGUUGACAUUUCAAAUUUAAUUCAAUUUGAUUUCAAAUCAAUUUUGGCUGAUGGAAUUUUAACUUUUAACCCUAUCUUAAUGUGCUCAGUUUGUUGUUGUUAAAUAUCAAAUAUAGAUCCGCAAAGAGUUUAAACAUUUUUAAGCAGUGUAUUUAGUAGAGUAAUUAGGCAAUUAUAUGAAUUGAACAGUUAUCCAUGAAAUUGUGGGCACUUUUGGGGUAUGAUUAUUUAUAAUCAUAUUGAUAAUUUUCACCACAAUUUAACUUUGAUUUUCAUAGAUCGAUAUCGACAAAUUCUUAUUUACAAAUUAUAUUUGACAGACUAGAUAAUAUCUCUGUGAAUGCCCAUAGAUGCAAAAUAACUUAUAAUUCACUUCUUAUAAUGCUUAUUAAGAUGAUACCAUUUUAUAAAUAAAAUCACACAUGGCCUUAUAUAGUGAAUCACUGGCUAAGAAUUUUUUUUUAUAACUUGUAAUAUUGUAUAUAUAUUUUGAGGGCUCGCUGACCGUUAUAAAUCUUUACAUCGAGUAUGAAACAAUAAUAAUAUCAUUUCCAUCUGGGGAACACUUACAAAUGGAUUGUUUUUUUUCCUGCAACUGAGUGUACUCUAAAUCUUGAGUUUAGUACUAAGAAACUUGUAUUUUUCUGAUAUAUAAUACAAAUUACUUGUAUAAUAAUAAUAAUUUGAAAUACAUAUUUGUGAUUAAUCCAAAAACUGCGAAUAAAUAAAUAUCAUCAAAGAAAAAAAAUACAAUAAAAUAAAUUUACGUUUGUGCUCUAAUGAAAAGUAGUCGGAAAAAGGUAUUAGCUAUCCCGCUCUGGUCAUUAUCCAAUACGAGUUGUUGAACUUCAGCAAACAUUUCCGAAAUGCAAAUGGCCAUAAAAUAAAAGAGAAUUUAAGAUAAACAACAAGUUUUACGACCAAAUUUCAUUGAACGUUUACGAAAUGCAAAGGUAAUUUCAAGAGCCCAUUGCCAGCUCGUACGCCCAUACGGCUCCCGUUCUUCUUCUUCUUCUUUUUAGCGGCACGUGCUGCGCCUACAAAUGUUGUCCAAUUGCUGCGGCGGCAACGGUAGUCCAGAAUACAUCAACAUUGCCGAAAAGCGCGGCACGUAUGUGUCACCGCCUUGGCACACUCACGAAAUCUCUUGUGUGGGGCCGUUGGAUGUCAGAAGCCGUGAAGAACCGAAAGCGAGACUCGAGAGGCGGACUAUCGACGUACUGGGUCUGCCACUGCGACUGAGGCGUGCGGCUAUUUUAUGUCAAAAUAAUUGUUAAUCCGCAGGGAGCAGCAACUUUUUGGGAGCUUCGUCAUCGUUUCGAAGGCUUCAGCUACG